AUGUGGGCGGCGAGCUGGUGCGUGGUCCUAGCCGCGGCUGCGGUCCCUCAGGCCAGCGCGGGGCGCGUCAACAGCGUGGACCGCUGGACAGUUGACCAAUGGGAACAGCUCGAAGACGCAGGAGCAGCCGUGGAGAAAACCAUCUCGCAGGUGUUCUCCAGGAACGGCACGACCAGACUGGAAGUCAUCACGGAGCCCAUACACCUGGAGGACGUGUACUUCCACGACCUCGACCACAACUACUCCGUGUGGCUGCGGGAGUCCCUGGUGCGCCCCUCCGCGCCGAUGGAGGUGUCUCGCGCCAGGUCCCACCUCGCCGAGGGCCGGGUGGACCUGCAGACCACCGUGCCGCGCCUGGAGGCGACGGGGCUCUACAGCGUGCAGGACAUGGCGGCAACUGCGGGCCCCGUGCUGCCCACCACCGGCCGAUACAGGUUGCUGAUGUACAACGUGAGCGGGGAGGGCGUGGUCGUGCUGAGUGCCCGCCCCGCAGAGAACAGGACCAUGCACCUGGCCACGGUGGAGAUGCAGUUCGACACGAAGGCGUGGUUCAUGAGGGUGACCGAGCACGGAGUGAACAGGGACAUAUCAGACUUCAUCCACAAUGAAGAAUUCGGCGACGCCGUGAGGAGGAAGCUGUGGCCCGAGCUGACGAGGCACCUGAGCGACGGCCUGGCGAGGGAGGCCAACCACCUGCUGGGCCGGCGACCCCUGCAGCAGCUGGUGCGCGACGGCCGCACGGUGCAGAGGAUAGAGGACCGCGCGGCCGCCAGCGCACGGAACGUGGACGGCAUCGUGGACAGCAUCAUCUCGUCGGCGAGGUCCGUCAUAGUGCAGCGGCUUGACAACAAGAUCCGCCUGCCCGACAUCUUGGAGACCUUCAGCGCCCUGCUGUUCCGCGGGACCUUCAAGGCGAAGGACGGCCACGCCAGCAAUCUGGCAACGCUGUACCGCUCCGGCGAGACGUCGCUCACGUCCGACGACAAGUUGCUGCACCUCUACGGCAACCUGGGCUUCCAGAACCUGCAGGUGUUCUACAAGUACUACGACGUGAGCGUGCUGGGGCUGGGUCCGUCGGGCAGCUUGGAGGCCAGCGUGUCGCCCGUCACCGUCUACCUGCACCUGCACACGGACAACGAGGGCCUCAGCAAGCUGUCGCUCGACGAGUUCCGGAUCCGCGAGCUGGGGCCGCUGGACCUGAAGAUGACGGGGCUGGGCCCGUUCAACCCCAUCCUGUCGCGCGUGGCCACGUGGAUCGGCGGCCUGUACCACGAGACCAUCGCCGUGCGCGUGGAGAAGCUGGUGCGCGACUACGUGGCCGGCCUCUUCGACAAGUACACGCUGGACGACAUCGCCAACGGCCGCGCCUUCAACCUCACGGGCAGUGGGGUCACCGGCGACGACCGGGGGGCCUCGUCGGCGCGGCUGAGCAGGUCCCGGGGCUAGGCCCCGCCUCCUCCAGGUCGACGAACCCUGGCACGUGGACGACACCUUGGAUGACAUCGUUUUACCUCGUCGAUGCCGGGGGUAGCCGUCGAACACCUUGGUUCUUCUCCGUCGAGGCUAGGCCCCGCCUCCUCCAGGUCGACGAACCCUGGCAAGUGGACGACACCCUGAUGACAUUGUUUUACCUCGCCGGUGCCGGGGGGUAGCCGUCGACGACCUUGGUUCUUCUCCGUCGAGGCUAGGCCUCGCCUCUUCCAGGUCGACGAACCCUAGCACAUGGACGAUUCCCUUAUGACGUCGUUUUACCUCGCCGGUGCCGUGGUUAGCCAUCGACGACUUUGGUUCUUCUCCGUCGAGGCUAGGCCUCGCCUCUUCCAGGUCGACGAACCCUAGCACGUGGACGAUUCCCUUAUGACGUCGUUUUACCUCGCCGGUGCCGUGGGUAGCCAUCGACAACCUUGGUUCUUCUCUGUCGAGACUAGACCUCGUCUCUUCCAGGUCGACGAACCCUAGCACGUGGACGACACCCUGGACGACGUCUUUUUACCUCGCCGGUGCCAGGGGGUAGCCGUCGACGACCUUGGUUCUUCUCUGUCGAGGCUAGGCCCCGCCUCCUCCAGGUCGACGAACCCUAGCAUGUGGACGACACCCUGGACGACGUCGUUUUACCUCGUGGCUGCCGGGGGUAGCCGUCGACAACCUUGGUUCUUCUCCGUCGAGGCUAGGCCUCGCCUCUUCAAGGUCGACGAAUGCUAGCACGUGGACGACACCCUGAUGACAUCGUUUUACCUCGCCGGUGCCGGGGGGUAGCCAUUGACGACGGAUGAGCCUUACCCUCAUUGAGGAUACUCACACUCGAUGACCCCUAGCACGGGUACACCGCAAACCCUGUGGUCCUACCAACACACCGCAGUGGACUCAGAAGGAACUGCCGAUGUCUGCGAAUGAAUUCAGUUCUCCUUGUUCAUUAGACGCUCCGUGCUUGGCCUUUUAUUUCAGCCGCUAAAUUUCGUGCCAGUGUAGUUGUCUCAGCCAAAAUCCAAAAGCCACCCAUUUUAAGACUAUAUGUCCGCGAAGGCCUACUAGUGUGAUGUACCAUUCACGAAUGUCUUCCAGCUUUUGUGUGAAAGUAACCCGUCUUUGGCUAAGAAUCUUAGGUUUUCAACCAUGAAAAUUCUAAGGAAUUCAAUUUUUGCUUUCCACCGAAAAGUAUACUAUAUUGAUGUGUAUCUUCUCCUACAUUGUAAUACACAGAGCCAACCUGGGUAUAUCUGAUGUUGACAAGUCAAAUACAUUAUUUCCUCGUGUUCGCGUCGUAAAACAGCAUGCAGGUUUUUGAGAACUCCUUAAACAUAAUCGGUGCCUUACAUACCCUUCAUUCCGUUAGUGCGUAUUUUGUACUGUUUGAGGGAAAAUUUACCAACAGGAUUCAGAUGAAAAGAAGGUCUCCCUCGUCUUUCAGUUCAUCAUUACAUUUGUGUCUUAACAAUUCGAAGGCAGAUAACUGUUAAAAAAAGACAAUAGGUAAGAUAGUAAUGUUGUCGUAGGGAACUUACGACUCCUGUGUCGAGGGCUGCCAUUGGCCGAAAUGAUCUCAGAUUGUUUCCAGUUGUUUACCAAUUAUCACGAGCAAGUUCAUCACCUCGGAGUUUCAUUCCGGAAUUUUCGUUCUGGUAUGUGUAGAAAAUUUUUAAAAGUUUAAAAUUUUGGGUAAUUUUGGGUUUUGGAAGGGAAGAGAUGUUAGUUUGCCUUCUGUGAAACAAUCGAAGAAGACAUCAGACUAAGUCAGACCACAGUUUACUCACUCGGCUUUGCAGAAAUUGUUUCCUGUUUAUUCCACAAAUGGAAUGAUGUAAGCAAGAUUUUAGGGACGAAACUCACAAAUUGACAGAUAAUGUUGCAAGCCCGAUAAAACCAAAAUGGACUUAGAAAAUCAGUUUCAUAAAUGUUAGUAUGUUUCUUUUUAAUGUAGAAGGUACCUAUUCUCACUGUGUACGGUAAACUAUUUAUCUUUUAUGAUCUAAAUUUUUUGAAUUGAAGAUUUAUUCAAAUCUAUGAUAUUCGCCCACAUUAUAGAGAAAUUAUUUUUUAACUUCCUUACUUUUGAUUUGACGGUAUUUUUCUUUCCGAAUAGUAGUGAUUUGUAUUCAUUUAAUAAUGAUUACCAAUAAAUAAAAACUUACAGUUCAUUACCAUGUCCUCAGUAUAGCUUCAAUUGCAUUCAAUCGUUUUUUUCGUUUAAACUUAUCAAAUAUCAUAUUAGGGAGUAUUAUUUCACGGGUUAUAGUUAUUAUCUUUUCCCGGGAUCAAUGAUUUCAACAAUUUAUCCUAUGAUAAAAA